AUGCAUGACGGAAAUCCAGGACCGGGCAUGGUAUACGACUGCACCGGGGGAGAAUGGCAAGAGCCGACGGCGCUGGAGAGGGACCUAGCCAUGGGAUUUAUGGAGGAUGCAACGGCUCAUCCGGAGGUGUCGGAGGCAGAAAAGAGAAGGGCCUUGGGAAGGGCGAUGGAUCUAAACGUCAUGCAUUCGUUGGUAGCUACAAUAUGGAUGUAUCACUCACAGCUGCGGUGGGAGCGAAAGCGUGAUAAAGCAGCAGCCGUCCAACCGCCGAUAGAAAGAUCAGCGGCGAAGGAGGCACUGGCGCGGGCCAUGCUAGGAGAAAUGCAGGACAACGAGGAAGUGCAGCAGGAGCGAGGGCAUCCGCUGGAGAGGAGAUGGGUCUACCCCUGGGAGGAGGAGGACGAGAGACCGGCGUUGUAUACGGAGCCAACUGAGAUCUGGCUCUCAGGAGAGCGGGAGGAGGCGGCGGUGGACAAGAAGCGCGAAGAUUUCAAUUGGCUGGAGGAGGCCAUUGAAAGGCAGAGAAGCAGGGAGAGCUAUGAGCGGGAGUUCGGGACCCGAGAAUUCGCCCUGAUGGUGGCAACAAAGGAGGAGGAUGAGACCCGGGCGGAAGGGCAACUCGCGGAAGAAGACAAGAGCAGGAGUGAGGCGCCACAGGAACCGACGCCGGCGGGGAGCUCACACUGCGCGGAGGAUGGAGAGAGCCAGCCACGGCAGAAGGCGGAGGAAAAGGAGUGGGAGAUAGGCGGGGGAAGUGGGAAGAUGUAA